AUGAAUGGUAAAACAAAAAUUUCCAAUGAUCUUUCAAUCACAUUAACAACGCAUAAUAAAUCUGGUCGAUCUCGCCGUCGACGUAAAACAACAUCUCGACGAAAUAUAAAUGAUGAAUUUUGUUUUUCAAGUUCAAGUUCAGAUGAACAUAUUGAUUAUCUAUCUGAUGAUGAAUAUAAUUCUGAUGAUUAUCUUCCUGAUUCAACUGAAAUUGCACAUGAUGAUAAUUUCUUUGAACUUGAUGAAGAUAAUAAUACAACAGGUGAAGAAUUACGUACAGCUAAAACUGCACAAGCAUCAACAAUAAUAACAAUUUGUAAAGUAUGUUCAAAAAGUGAUCGUCCAGAAGUUUUAUUAUUAUGUGAUGAUUGUGAUGAUGCUUAUCAUGUUGAAUGUUUACGUCCAAUACUUUUAUCUGUACCUGAUGGUGAUUGGUAUUGUCCAUUAUGUGAACAUAAAAAAUUAUCAAAUCAUUUAAUUGAAAAAUUAAAAAAAUUAUUAAUUAAUUUUAAUAUAAUUGAAACAAAACGUUUAGAAUAUGAUAGAAAGAAAAUUCUUGAACGAAAAAUUAAAACAAAAGAAUAUACAAGUGAUGAAAGUAUAACAGCAUCAGAAUCUGAACAUGAAAAUCUCGAAAGUAAUUUUCAUGCUGAUGAAUCAAUGUUAUCAAUAAGUCAAACAAAUGAAAAUAGUAAUAUAUCAUCAUCAUAUAUUGAUGAUUCAAAUAAAAAUAUAAGUCAACGUGGACGACAUCGACGUACACGUUUUGAUAUGAAUAAAAUGCUUAAUAAUGAUGAUGAAUCCGAUGCUGAUAAUGAUUCUAAUAUUGAUGAUGAUGAUGAAUAUAUUGAAAAUACAACACAAAUAACAAAUUUUGAUUUACAAAUACCGAAAAAAAUGACACGUCUACUUAAUCCACGUUAUCGUCCAUUAACAAGAAAUGAACAACGAUUAAAACCAAGACCUAUUGCACCACGUUUAUCUCAUACAUCAACUGAUUUAAAUGAAAAACAUAAUUCAACAAUAAUUUAUAGUAAUGGUUAUGUAAAUUCUCAUGAAAUAAAACCUAUGAUAACAAAUUCAAAUCAAACAUUAAAAAUUGUACGUCGUUGGAAUGAUGUACAACGACGUAAUAAACUUCGUAUAAGUAAUAAUAUAAGAUCAAUAAAUGAAACAACAUCAGAUUGUGCUGAUGAAAAUUCUGUAUUUUGUCCUGAUGAUUCAUCACCACCACGUUCAAAUGAAAGUCAUACAAAUAAUGAUAGUAAAGAAGAAGAUUAUACAAUAAUUCGAUCGAAAAUAACAUUAGUACAACCAGCUAAUUUAUUACCAAUAUAUAAAAGUUCAACAAAAAAUUCUAUUACUAAAAAUGAAGUCAAUUUUGAUCGACUCACUCGUGAUAUUCAAUAUGCAGUGAGUGAAGCAAAUACAUUAUCCGGCAUACCUAAAGCUAUAGAUCAACAACAAGUUAAACGAAUUCAAAAAACAAAUUUUUCACCAUAUUUAACUAAAGUUUCACUUCGGCCACUUCCACUACUUUUACCAAAACCGGCUGGUAUUGGUUAUAAAAUUUUUAAAUCUAAAGAUCCGCCUACUGCUACAUUGACGACUGCCGAUCUUUCGAAUAUUAUUCUUACACCUUCAUCAUCAUCUUCUUUGCUUGAUGCAAAUGAUGAACAAUCGACAUCAACAAUGAAUACUUAA